UAAUGAUGAGAGUAUAGUGGCAGGGGGUAGCGUAAUGUUUUGGCCUUCGGACUCAAUCGGUUGGACAUUUCGCUUUAUAACGACGUUGAGAUUGUAUUUUAAGCCAUGACUACAGUACGUUAUGGAUAAGUAAAGAGGGAAAGCAAGCAUUUAUUUACGUAUGAAGUAUUGAAGUAGCCUUUGGCAGCGAGGAUAUUAUAUGAGGAUUUGGGAAUAUGCCAAUCGUAGUCUAUGAGCAUACAAGAUGGCUGUAGCGAUAGGAUUGAGGGAAACAUAUGUGGCGCUUAUCUACAUUCUCUUUUGUGUUUAUAACGGAGAAGGGAAUCAGACCUCAUCACCUCAAUAUUGUCCGUAUUUCCAAAACCGCGCACCUAGUCCACAACCUACUCUUGAAAACUGUACGUGGUACAAAGAGAAAGCGUGCUGUCUCAACGAAGAGUUGGCUAUUAUUUUCUCGAAUCUCUUGCCUAUGGCCGGCGCAGACGAGAAAUGCCUCGAGGCAUUGAAUCACUUGUACUGCUACGUGUGCUCGCCUGAGCAGAGCAACUUUUUUACGCGAGACAUGUUGACAGUGUGCGAGGAAUCGUGCGAUGUCAUUCACGCAAAGUGCGCAAAUGCGCUACUAAAAGGUGUGCCGUGGCGUGAGUUGUAUUCAAAUGGAACCGAAUUUUGCGCCGCGCGUAAAUUCCGUACUGAAAAAGCAGAAGCCGGGCAAUGUUUUGACUUCACGAAAGUACUUAAAAGUUUUGCUAUGUCUGUGCGAACGUCUGUGGUCGUAUUACUGUGCUGUGGAUUAUACUUGGCAAUACAUGGCUACCUACAUAUAUUGUGUAUCUUCUAGACUAAACGCUUCCGGGUUUUACAAAAUGUCAACAUCUCAAAAUCCCAUUGUUACAAAAGCUGUGACUAUUGUAGAAUUUUAAAUCUUGCUAAUCUGAUCAAGAUAGUUAUUCUUUGCGUUUCAUUGAACAAGUAGCCGGAUACUGUAUAAACACUGAUUUUACUGAGAGCAGAAACAAGCGAAGUGGUUGUGUAUUAUAGCGAAACGCCGAAACCAAGGGAUGGAUUAUUUGCGUAGUACUAAAUUUAUCAUCAUCAGUCAAGUUUGUUUAUAUUCUAAGCAUUUAUUGUUGUUUUGGCGACGAAAAGUGUUAGUCAUCAAUGGAUUGAUCGGUAUUUGCGUAGCAUCACGUGAAAUACCAUACGCAUGGAAUAAUAUGCGUGGCUUUCAAACUUAGAGGAUUUAAGGUGGCUCUAUGCUGUUUUACGAAGAAAGGAAUGGCCUAAUUAAUAUUAGUGACAGAUGAUCUGGGCACCGCGAACACACACAAGUUUAUCUGCGAGUGGAGACGAGCUAUGCAGAUAGUUCAUCCACAUUUAUAAGUUAUCAGACCAACUCCAAACAUACCGGCUGCUGUGCAGAUGGCAUUAACAUUACCCGUCUGUGCAUAUUAAAUACGGCAUUUAGACGAAAUAAAAAUUGCGGAAACAAAAUUUGUUUCCCGGCCACCCGGGAAGCAAUAAUGUUUCCUACCAAAUUCAGAAACAUUUGAUGUUUCCCUAUGUUUCUCACUCAUGUUUCCUAGUGUUUGCCCACUCUGGAAAACAUGGCGAAACAUUGGUAGGAAACAAUGUUUCCGCAACAAUGUUUCCUAGUUUGCCCAUGGCUUUACUCUGAGUGUAUAUCCACACCGUGGUAAAGCUAAUUUUUCAAGCUUGUCCGGUGUGGAUAUACACCCAGAGUAUUAAACAUCACAAACAACAUAUCAGACAUGGUUCCUCCUAGAACCACUGGCACAAGCAUACACUCGUCCCCUGGUUUAUAUUUAUCCACCUAACACAGUCUGGUUAUUGAGGUUCUGGUCAAAUAUAAUGAGAUUCCUGGUUACUUUAGCCAAAUUAUAGUUGGGAUAAAAUAACCAGGAUAGGGUUAUUAGUAAGUUAACCAGAAACAAUUUAACCAAGGUGUUUCUAGAGCGUAGUAGUCUAGUAGAUCCUGCUAUUCUAGCUGGUUCGUUUGUGUUUACACUAAGGGUUCGUCAUCAGACGUACCUUCUUGACAGAUGACGCACUUCUCAAAACUCUGCUUAUAAAUCAGAUCAAUGCUACUACACAAAAUUUGACGUGUUAUUCAAUGAACUUAUGCACAAGAUAUAAGUUUAUUUUUUAAAAGAUGUACAUAAUUAUGAUAAAGAAUCAUUGAAUUGAAUAUAGAUAUUAUUAAGUCCGGAUGAAACGAGGAUGAGAGUACAUGAGAGUUGGCAGUCACGUGAUCUUGGUUAGCUGUUCUUAAUGCUUUCCCAAUACUAUCAUGUAUUCUAUUUAAGAAUCGUGAUUUAAGUUGAAACAUAGUUGGAACACCUUUAUUUAGUCGUCAAACCUUUAUUUUGUUAAUCUAGAGCUUGAAAUGUCCCCUGCAUGUAGUAAUGCGUGACUCUCGUCAACUUUCAUUCUCAUUUGACCGAGGCUUUCAUUAUAAAUCAUACAUAGGUCAGUUUCACAAAGUGGUCGACGUCAGUCUUCAAAGCUCUUGAUACUUUGUAAUAUGGGAGCAAUAAAAUUAACCUAAAUCUCAAAUUUUUUUAUUAGCAACCGAAUACUACAUUGCUACAUUUGAAAAUGAUUAAGAUUUUUUUUUUAACUCUGAUCGCUGCGCCACUUGACCACAAUCUGCUUGACCCGCUUGAUAGUUUAUUGUAGAAACUGACCUAUUAGUCAGAAACUAUAUGUAAUUAAUUAAAUAUUAUUCGCACUCAAAUAACUAUGUUAGAUAAAUUAUACGAUUACGUACAAUACUCGUCAUUUAGAUUUAAGUCCAAUUAUAUUAAGAGUCAUUUUAUGGAGAAUAGUAAUAUUCAAGAAGCGCCCGUCCAUAUAGCGACAGUCAAAACAACAAUCCAUACCAGUUUAUUCAUAUUUAAAAAACUCGCUGAAUUUUCAUCUAAUGUUAACGUAUAACAGCCUCUGAGUUUAUCGUCCUUUGAUGCGACUAAAAACUUUCUUGCUUUGCAGAAUUCUGCGCUAGAAUUGUACAAAUCUUUGACAAUAAAUCCUUUCCAUAUUGCAUUCUGGCAAGAGGUAUACCAACGAUCGCAAAACUCUUCGCAAAGUGUUAGUCUUUCGUCUUCGUAAAACGUCUCUUGGUUCGGUGCGCAAACGUAGCACAUUAAGUAACUCGUGUGCUUUGAACACUCUUCGCUUGCAGCUUUUAAAGGUGUCGUAAUAGCCGAGAAUAUAUCGCGCAAUUCGUGGUUCAAACAGCAAGCAUUAUCUCUGAACCAUUUGCAGUUCUCAAGGUUACUCUGAGGCGACGGCGCUCUGUUCUUAAAAUACGGACAGUAAUGAUUCACUGUGCUCUCGGCUGCGCUGAGAACGGCUAAAAUACUGAAUAAAAUUAUAGAAACGCGACUUAAUUUUGAUUUCAUCAUCGUAGCCCUGGUUCGUGAAUCUGACCUGUGAUCUGACUGAAG